GCCCUGAAUCCCCUUUUAUGGCUCCCCAGGGCAGUAAAAUAAUUUCCUAAAAAGAGACGGAGCCGUGCAAAGUGUUUACGGGAAAAGCCCUGUGUCUGUGUUAGCUACACAGCUCAUUUUAACGAAUAUUUGUAAUUAGUGUGGAUAAAUACCCUGUGCAAAGUUCCCCAGAGCUGCAGGAGCAGGAGAGAUCUGCUGUGAGUCCGAGCUGAUAAAGAAUUCCGGCUCUCUGGUACCUCCAGCUGUGCCAGGGAGUUCACUCCGGCUGAUUUCGUGUCCACACUGGUUCCUGUGGCCUCUCCCCUCCAUGGCCCUCCUGGCUCUCACCCUGGCUCUGCUGGCAAUGACCAUGGCCACUAUGGCCAUAAUGGAGAAGCCGCUGGACAUGGCCCUGGACUCCUUUGAUGACCAGUACCGGGGCUGUCGCUCUGCCAUGAUGGAGAAGUUGCCAGCCCUGAACCACUCUGAGUUCCAGAAGAAUCCUCUGUUCGCCAAGGUCUGGCCAAAGGCCGUGCACUUGUGGAAAGUUCAGGGAUCCCCUCAGUACCCUCUGUCAUCCUCAGACCAGGCCAUCGCCCUCAUGGCCUACACCAUGAAUGACCUGUACCAGCAGUUCAACAACAAUGUGAGCGUGGCCGGGCGCUCCCCCCAGACAUACCGGGACAACUUCCACUUCAAAACUCUGCAUUUCCUGCUGACCGACGCCCUGGCCACGCUGAGGGUCGAUCAGGGACAGAAAUGUCACUGUGUGUUCCGGGGGGUGGAUGACUACAAGUUCAAGGCGAAUGUUGGUGACACCGUCCGGUUCGGUCGAUUCGCGUCGUCGUCUCUUUGCAGAGGUGUCGCCAAAUAUUUUGGGAGCACCACGGAGUUCGUGGUGAGGACGUGUCACGGCGCUGACAUCAAGAACUUCUCCAACUUUGAGCAUGAGAAGGAAGUGCUGAUCCCACCCUUUGAGAAGUUCAAGGUCACCAAAGUCAUCGAGGGAACGGGGAACGUCCAGAUCCACCUCGACUCCAUCGGGACCUACAGCAAAUACAACUGUGGGAGCGUCUCCAGAGCCCUCGCCAUCUCAUCCUGGUCAUCACAGCCCUGGCAAUGGCCACAGGGAUCCUCAGAGCCACAAAGCCUCGAAGAUAUCUGUGGUCACUGUUACAACAAGGACAGCCAGAGAAACAAGGCCACCAAGUCUACCAAGGCCACCAUAGUUACUAUGGCCACCUUGGCCACCAUGGCCUCCGUGUGGUCACUGUGGCCACCACUGGCACUGUGACCACUGCAUCCACCACAGCCACUCUGGCCACAGUGCCACAAGGACAUUGUGCAAAACUAUUGUAUAUAAUACUUACAUCAGAAAAAUUGUAUCAAGUCACUUCUAUUAAAUUGUUCUAUCACAACAAA